AUGCCUUCUGAGGCACCGAAAACGAAGUACUUCAAAGGUGGGCAGUUCAAUGAGCAUGUAUCUGCUAAAGGACUUGUGGCUGUUGUGACUGGAGCAAACAGCGGCAUUGGCUUGGAAACCGUGAGAGGGCUCAAUCUUGCCAAAGCUAAGGCUGCCGAAGAGAUUAAACGUCUGUAUAAACUGUUCCUAGCCGUUGAUGCCACCCAGAUUGAAAUUAAUCCAUUUGUCGAAACUGAGGACGGCCGUGUUUACUGUGUUGACGCGAAGAUGAAUUUUGACGAUAGCGCGGCUUUCAGACAACAGGACAUUUUUGCCAUGGAAGACAAAUCGGAGCAGGAUUCAAGAGAAGUGGACGCAGACAAACAUCAUCUUAAUUACAUAGGCAUGGAUGGAAACAUUGCCUGUUUAGUAAACGGUGCUGGUUUGGCAAUGGCAACGAUGGAUAUCAUCAAGUUGAAAGGAGGUGAACCAGCAAAUUUCUUGGACGUAGGACCAAAGUAUUUCACGCCGUACGAUAACACGCAAGCGAUUCCUAAGUAA